AUGAUUGGUAUCUAUGCCAAAACGGAAGUAGCAGUCGAAGUUUCCGUAGACGCACCAAAUAUCCUUGUAGGAGACCACGAAAAUGGGGAACAAAACGACUUGCAGUCCGAUGAAUAUCAUGUUGAACCAGAGGAAAACGGUGAAAGAAAGUUGGCAAUGUCGGUGAAGGACACUACGGAAUUCCCGCCGGAAGUGGCGGCUGGCCUACUGCGAUUGGACGAAGCAUCCCGACAUUUGCAAGAGCAGUUCAAGUCGAAGAAGGAAAUUUGUCGCUCAGCGGACUUCGAGAACUUGGAUUCACUACUGAAAGCGAAAGCAAAUCUCGCUCACCUUUUCGCUCUGCAUUCAGCCUUCUGGGUUUACUUGCAUUUACGAGGAGAAGACCCUAAAAGUCACAAGGUCCGUGCGGACAUGAGCAGAAUUCAGUCACUCAUGUCUCAAGUGAAUGAUAUCGAGUCGAGGAGGAAAAUGGCACGACUUGAUGUGCCGGCAGCCGAGCGAUUCAUCAAGGGCGGUUUGCGAUGGAGCAACAAGAGACCUGCCGAAGAAGAAAAUGAAGGCGAGGAAGGAUCAGAAGUUCCGACGAAGACGUCAAAGCCGAAUGAUUCUUGA